CUCUUAGACACCAGUAGUGCAGAAUGCAGAGAAAGAACUUCACUGAAGUGACAGAAUUCAUCUUCUUGGGAUUCUCUAGCUUUGGAAAACAUCAAAUAACCCUCUUUGUGAUUUUCCUAACCAUCUACAUUUUAACUCUGGCUGGCAACAUCAUUAUAGUGACAAUCACACACAUGGACCGUCACCUUCACACUCCCAUGUACUUCUUUCUGAGCAUGUUGGCAAGUUCAGAGACUAUAUAUACACUGAUCAUUGUCCCAAGAAUGCUUUCCAGCCUAAUUUUUUACAGCCUUCCCAUAUCCUUGGCAGGUUGUGCAACCCAAAUGUUCUUUUUUGUCACCUUGGCCACCAACAACUGCUUUCUGCUCACAGCAAUGGGUUAUGAUCGUUAUGUGGCCAUUUGUAAGCCUCUGAGAUAUACCGUCAUCAUGAGCAAGGGAAUGUGUGCCUGGUUGGUUUGUGGGUCGUUAGGCACUGGUCUGGUUAUGGCAGUUCUUCAUGUGCCAGCCAUGUUCCAUUUGCCCUUCUGUGGCACAGUGGUGGAGCACUUUUUCUGUGACAUAUACCCAGUAAUGAAACUUUCUUGUGUUGAUACCACUGUCAAUGAGAUAAUCAAUUACGGUGUAAGUUCAUUUGUAAUUCUUGUGCCUAUAGGGCUGAUAUUCAUCUCCUAUGCCCUCAUCACCUCUUCUAUCCUUAAAAUUGUGUCUGCUGAAGGCCAGAAGAAGGCCUUUGCCACCUGUGCCUCUCAUCUCACUGUGGUCAUCAUCCAUUAUGGCUGCGCCUCUAUUGCCUACCUCAAACCCAAGUCAGAAAAUUCAGUAGAAAAAGACCUUCUUCUCUCUGUGACCUACACCAUUAUCACUCCCUUGCUGAACCCUGUUGUCUACAGUCUCAGGAACAAAGAAGUCAAAGAUGCUCUAUGCAGAGCUCUGGGCAGAAACACUUGUUAAAAGAUUUAAAACUGUUUGUCAGGAGACCUUUAGCUCAAGUUAUAUCUACUCACCAGUAAGACGUGACCCACAUGCUUGUCAAUAC